GUCAGCGCCCGUGACGAACCAUGAUCCGUGCAGCAGACGAGUCCAUCCAGUAGGAGUCUCGGAGAGGACGUGGUGGAGUCUCCAAGGGCACCGAAAGCGGCAGAGCCCUCCCACUAUCGAAGGAUCAUCGCGACCCAGAUCUGCAUUCACAGCUGAACGACCAAUCAUCGCCAGGACUGUGAUGCAGCUAUGUAGGGUGAGCUCAGCUGGGGAUGCGUUACACAAACAAGCUACUAGCAGGUGCAAAGGCAUCUGCCGUCAUAGACCUCUGGGGGAAGUGCAGUGGAUUAAAUUCGCAGUAUCCCCUUCCUGCGUGGUCAGUUUCCCUUUCAGUUUUGUUUGGGAAUUGUUCUUGUUUGGUUGAUACACCAGACGACCAAUAUGCCGACUCCAAUUCCUCGCCCGUCAGGUGUUCCGAUCCUGGGAAACCUGUUUUCUAUGAGCGCUGGCAAUACUUGGGGUUCUUUCAAUAAACUAGCGGUGAAUAAUAAGGAUUUUUACCCGAUUUUCAAAAUCACUAUCCUUGGGCACGACAUUGUCUUCAUCACCAGCGCAAAGCUGCUCGAGGAGGUUUGCGAUGAGAAACGGUUUCGCAAAUGUGUGACCGGCCCCAUUGUCGAAAUCCGCGAGGCAGUCCACGACAGUCUGUUUACCGCGUACCACGAUGAAGAAAGCUGGGGUAUUGCGCACCGUAUCAUGGCCCCUUUGGUGACUCCAGAGGCCGUGAUCGACGCUUUUGCUGGAAUGCGCGAGACCGCCACAGAUCUGAUCAAAAAAUGGACCGCGGGCCCUCGGCAGCGGAUCAAUGUCAGCGAUGAUAUGGACCGUCUGAACCAUGCCGCCAACAUGCUCUGCUUCUUUGACCAGCGGAUCCACUGCCUUGAGGGACCAGAGCUUUCGGUCCUCAAGGCCAUGGAGGCCGCCACGUUUGAAGCGCUGCGUCGCCCCACCCGCCCCAAGCUGUUGAAAUGGCUCAUCUACCAGCGUCGCUUUGACAGCUACAUCAAGACGAUGCGCGACUACGCCGCCGAGAUCGUCGCUAAGCGUCGCGCUGCUCCGACCGAGAAGAAGGAUAUGCUUUAUGCCAUUAUGCACGGCACGGACCCCCAGACCGGCAAAGCCCUCACGGAGAGCCAGCACCUGGAUGAGAUCAUCAACAUCUUCAUUGGAAGCGCUACGGCCGCCAACCUUGUCUCCUUCGCGUUGUACUAUCUCAUGAAGAACCCGCACGAAAUUGCCCGCGCCCGCGAGGAGAUUGACGCCGUGGUCGGCGGCCCAACCGCCCAGCUCGAGCACGAACAUCUCGCCCGCCUGCCUUACUGCGAAGCCAUCCUGCGUGAAUCGCUGCGCCUGUCGGCUACCGCGCCGGGCUUCAACAUCGAGCCCAUUCCAGACCUGGAGCAGCCCGUCCUCCUCGCAGGCGGCGAGUACCAGGUCCCCAACAAGCAGCCGCUCAUUGCGCUGCUGGCGGCCGUCAACCGCGACCCGGAGGUCUUCGAGGACCCCGACGCGUUCAAGCCCGAGCGAAUGGUCGGCGAGAAGUACGAUCGGCUUCCGUCCGGUGUGAAGAAGGGUUUUGGCAACGGCAAGCGUGAGUGCUUCGGAAAGCGCUACGCCUGGGAAUGGUCGUUUAUGAUCCUCGUCACGAUCAUGAAGGACGUGGACUUUGUGUUGGCGGAUAAGAAUUACAAGACGGAAGUUGGAGGAGUCAAUUACAAUGGGGCUUUCAGCACCAAGCCGUUGGGGUUGUUUGCGUUGACGGGACCUCGACAGAGCGUGUGAUGGGAGGGUAAAAUUGAUGCGUUACGAUACCAUGGUUUCAAGCUAGCAGCAUUGUGGAUGUUUGUAUAUCAUCUUAACUUUAUACCUAAUCUAUGCUUUCACCUGAAUCCUUAUGUCUAUCAGCUCCUUUGCUCGGUCUCGCUUUCUUUG